GUCGUAGAUCCCAUACCAAGAGGUACAUAGUUACAUAGAUUUCUACACCUCCAUUAUACCUAGGCAAUUCCUACCUACCUGUUGAAUUUCGUGAUUACUGUGCGACUGCAACCCCUACCUUGCAAGUACCUUAUCCGCAUGCUUCAAGAUCAAUUCCUCAAUUUUUGGAAUGAGAGCCAUAACUCAUCUCAGUUCGACAUAGCAAAUUCACCAAAAAUCCCUCAGUCGCGAAGGUCGAACUGUUUCACAGCUGCAAACUUAGCUGCUCAUCAAAGCACUCACACAUCGACGUCAUCCGAACCUACCGAAUAUCCGAGAUCUGAAUUUUCGAUGCGUUGCGAUUGAAACACAUAUGAAUACUUAAUAAAUUCGCGGACUGCUCAAAGACUCAGGGUUCACAAAGUUAUUAGAAGUGGUGGUGUUUAGGCGGAUUAGGGGUCUGGAACAAUAAAUGCAUAUGGUUCUGUGAAACAGCCAUUACACAGCAAGUAAUAAGAUCUUGGAAGGGGUUCACAGAAAUGAUGCCCUCGGGUCAACAUCCAAACUUUCAGGCGCAGAGUGCCUCUGAUUACCAGAACGCAAAUCAUCCUCAUCAACUGUUAGCACAGGAUACCCCGCCCCUUGAUGUAUUAGGAGCGCCCAAUCUCGAAGGAUUUGAGUUUCCCUAUGUAUUCGGGGAGAAUACCGUAACUCCAGGCGAGCUGAAGCUGGAUGGUACUUCAGAUCCAUUUAAUCUUGCGAAUUCUACCGAACAUCGAGAUUCCGUAUCAUCUAUACCUCCCAUGCAUCGAAAUGGUUAUGGCAGCAUAUCUGGGCCAACGGCUCGGCAACCUAGCUUUAGUGGGGGGUCAGAUGAAGCAAGUCCCACGAGCAAUCGAAUGAUAGGAAAUCUCCACCAAGGCGAUACCCCUAUGGUGGAUGAUCUCAAGGUGAAUACAGGAGGUUCUGGGGAUGGCAGUGAAGAGAAAGGAAAGGACAAGCCUGAAUUGGCACCUGCAUGGACUGAACUCAAAACAAAAGCAGGUAAAGAGCGAAAAAGAUUGCCACUGGCAUGUACAGCAUGCCGAAGAAAAAAGAUCCGUUGCUCAGGAGAGAAGCCCGCAUGUGUAAAUUGCACCAGGUCAAAAAUUCCUUGUGUGUAUAAGGUCACGACAAAAAAAGCGACCCCAAGGACGGAUUAUAUGGCAAUGCUUGACAAGAGGAUAAAGCGAAUGGAAACGCGCAUCAUGAAUACUAUGCCAAAGGAAGAACAAAAAGAACAAAAUGGCACGCUUACAUUAGCAAGAGCUAAUGUCAAGCCUCCAAUUCCUGGAACGUUACCAUCUAAAACUUCUGCUGGAAAAAAGCGACCCGCUGAAGAAGCAUUCGGACCAGAUUUGAAUGAUUGGUCAAAGUCGGCAGUUAAACCUUCAAAGGAAAUUGGUAAAACGGUUUUGAAAUCCAAGGUCUUGCUAGCACAGGAGGACGCAGAAAGCAAACUACUGAAAGAUGGCAAAGAAAAGCUACCUUCGCGAGAGCUUCAAGAGCACCUGGCCGAGGUAUUCUUCGAAAAGGUUUAUGGCCAGACGUAUCACUUACUACACAAGCCAAGCUUCAUGAUGAAAUUAAAGUCUGAAGCACUUCCUCCUGUCCUAGUGUUAGCCGUCUGUGCUUGCGCAGCUCGAUUUUCCGAUCAUGUUGAAUUGACUGCAGCGCCGCCCUUUCUAAAAGGAGAAGAAUGGGCCUCUGAAGCUCGUGAUAUUGUUUUGAAACGAUACGAUUUUCCAAAUAUUACAAUUUUGACGUGUUUGCUGAUUCUGGGGUUUCAUGAGUUUGGCACUUGUCACGGCGGUAGAAGUUGGGCAUUGGCAGGGCAAGCAAUCCGGAUGGCAUAUGCUUUACAACUACAUAAAGAUCUUGACUACGACCCUCAAAAGCCGAAGGUUGACGAAAAGGGCAAUGCGGUGAAACUCAGCUUCAUUGAUAGGGAAAUACGGCGACGAACGAUGUGGGCAUGCUUUCUCAUGGAUAGAUUUGAAUCUUCUGGGACUGGUCGACCAACUUUUGUCAAAGAAGAGACUCUUGAGAUUCAGUUGCCUGUGAAGGAGAAUAUGUUUCUACUCGACAUUCCAGGACCAACAGAGAGUCUCCACGGGGAGGUUGCAAAUCUGAACACGCCUAGUGGUACAAGUUUGGCCAGCCCAAAACAAAAUCUAGGCGUAGCGGCAUAUGUGAUUCGAUCUAUUGCAUUGUAUUCUAAUAUUGUCACGCAUUUUAAUCAAGGUGGUUUCGACAAAGAUCCAUAUCCUAUAUGGUCACCAGAAUCGGAGUAUUCUAGCCUAAUCAAGAAAUUGAAGGAUUUCCAAGAAGCCAUGCCGAAAGAGAUGGUAUAUAAUGCUGAAAAUCUUAGUUCACACCGAUCCGAGGGAUUAGCAAAUCAGUUCAUAUUCCUUUAUAUUGUCAUUGAACAAUCUAAUUUAGUCCUCAAUCACUAUCCGGCAAUUAUAGAACGAAGUGGACCUCGAUCCGAUACCCCCAAGGAAUUCGUGACUAGAACAGAGUCCAAAUCGAUAGAAGCAGCCGGUCACAUCGCCGGACUUAUCGAUGACGGAAAAUCCAUGUCCCUCACUGCACCUUUCGUUGGGUACUGUGCCUUCUCGGCCAGUAUGCUUUUAGUCCUUGGUAUUUUUUCGGGGAAUUCUAGUUUGGAAGAGUCUUCUAGGAAGCACCUUACAACUACUUUAAGAUAUAUAACAAUGAUGAAGAAACAUUGGGGCAUGUUUCACUCAUUAUCCGAAACUCUUAGAAGCCAUUAUAAAACAUGUGCAGACAAAGUUAUUGCUGGUUCAAGUGAUGACUCGAGUUCAAGCAUUCCUCAAUACGGCGACUGGUUUGAUAAAUUCCCACACGGUGUAUCACAGUCUGACUUUGAAGAUCCUGCUGCAGCUGUCAAGAAGGAGAAGGGGGACGAUGCUGUUCUCGAACAAAAGUCGGACUUGAAGACUGUAGCGAAUUACGUCAAGGAUCUACCUACCCCCUCCCCAAAACAACCAAAUUCUAAGCCGACAAAGCAAAAGGUCAAAAGAACCCAAUCUACAUCACAGCCUUCACGCCCCCCACAGCUGGAUACCAUGCAAACCAUGCCUUCUGAUAUGCAAGCUUCACAUCAAGGAAUGCAGGUAUCGACCCCAUCAUCCUCGCAUCCACAGAUGACAUCUCAACAAGCACCUCAAAAUUCAUACAACCAAAAUAUUAUGUCACCAGCUGCUCUCUAUCCGCCACCACAGUAUGUUAAUCAUCACGACCUCCUCAUGCGGUCGCAACGAUCGCAACAACCACACAACAUAAACCAGCGGCAACUUAAUGAAGUUUUAGGAUUCGAUUACGCGACAAUGGAUCACUCGGCUAUGAAUGGCAAUGGAUUGCAUGGUGGCGUCAUGAACGGCAAUAGUAUGAAUGGCAGUAUGAACAAUAGUGGUACGCCAGGCACAAAUCAUAAUGGCGAUGGAUCAAUGUUGAACUGGGGAGAUAUUGGCCUGGGUGGAAUGGGAAACGGGUAUGACAUGAUGGGUCUUGAGAACGGAAUGUCCAACGCAUGGUACCCUCCUUUCAAUUUGAGUCCGCCUCCUGUCAAUGUGGAUGGAAUGAAUGAUGAUGCGUUUGGAGGCAAUUCCGUUGGGGGAGACUUCGAAAUGAGAAUGGGUGGCCAGGGUAUGAUGGGUAUGAACAUGGGGGGAGUAAAUGGAAGUAGUAGUAUGGGUGGGCAUUGAUCAAGCAUCGACCUUUAUCAUUCUUGCUUGAGGUGAUUUUGAAUAGGAAAUAUGGAGAAAAGCAUAUAAUUCUGCGUUUGGAGUUUGGGUUUGGAUUUCUACGUGGUUUAGUGCCAGUCUAUUUUGUACAUGGGUAGGAUAGGUAUUGGAAAAACCACAUCCUUGGUCGGGUGGUUUGGGUGGUCGGUCGGUUUGCUUCAGGGAUGGGUUCUUUCUAGGGCAAACGGAAAACGGAGGAAACUUCUCACGAGGGCUGUAUGGAAGGACUGGGAAGGACUGGGUACUUCUGAUUAUUAUUUUUCUUGAAAUCAAGGAGUUGCUGGAGUGGAAAUCAAUCAUAUGUAUAUGACACCAGACAAGAUGUUGGGAGGGGUAGCGAGGAAACUCGAGACUUGAGACUUGAGACUUGAAGAAGUAUGCGGAAUGCGGAAUGUGUAAAUGCAUUGGAAUGUGAAUAUGAGGGAAUGAGAUGAAAAUACAAAAAUUAAUAUAUGUUUAUUAUUAUUAUUAAUACUACAUGUAUAUCAUAUUGCA